AUGGCGUCCCUCCAAAAACAUAACUCCUCCUGGACACCAAAACAGAACAAACUCUUUGAAAGAGCACUGGCCUUGUACGACAAGGAUACCCCGGAACGGUGGCAAAAUGUGGCCAAGGCUGUUGGUGGGAAUAAAACAGCUGAGGAAGUCAAGAGGCACUAUGACAUCCUUCUAGAAGACCUCAGGCAAAUUGAGUCCGGCCACGUUCCUAUUCCCAACUACAAGUCCUCCUAUGGCGGUGGUGGUGGUGGCCGCGGCAGCAGCAGCAACAUUAAUGUCGAUGAAGAAGAAAGGUACAUCACAUCCUCUAUCUUUUUCUUGUACAUGCAAGAUGGAGUGGUUGGAACAAUGAUGCCCUAA